AUGAACUCGACGACCAGUGCUCCGAUCGACUCGGAUCAAGCGCCAGUGCCUUCAGACGCCCCCUGUGAACGUACUCCGUUGCUUUCCGGCUCUUCCAGGCCCCACCGAUUCUCGUGGUGGACUCAUGACUCCCACCCGUGGUUUUGCGAGAUGCCCAAGUAUCUGCUCAUGGUGGUGGCGGUGGUGGUGUUUCUGGGGACGGUGCGGGGCUCGAUUCUGGGCGUGCACGACCUGAUGGACAACACGACAAUGGUGGUCAAAGACACAAAGAUCGUGGACCUGAUAGGCAAGGACGGAAUCGCGGUAGCAGUCAGGGGAGAGCUGCAGAUGGACUUUGAGGUGGUGGAGCAUGACCUGGCGCGGUUUCUGAUCAAGCAGGGCGCCAAGCUGCUGGAUCAUGUGGUGGUCCAACCCACAACCAUGACCAUUACACGUGUCACCUUCCCCAACGAUACGUUGCCCAUCUACGAGCAGGUGACUCUGGUGGAUGUUCCGCAGCUGAAUCUCAACACGUCUCCCAGCGCGACAAACGACAUUGACACCGUGGUCACUCUCCAUGAUUACGACGCCUACACCAUUGCUCGUCUUGGAGAGCUCAUGCUUGCCGGCACGCCAUUCACUCUUUCUGGAACUGCCAAAAUCAGCCUGGGAAGAGGAUGGCUGAGACUGGGCUCUUACUGGAUCACCUCUCAGCAGACCAUCAACCAGGACAUUGACCAGGAGGACUUUGUCGACUACAAGCUCAAGGGCAUGCGGGUGUUUGGAGAGCCCGGGAGGCUGUCUGUGGACGCCCAGGUGGCUCUCAAGACGUCGCUGGUGGACCAGCUAGAUUUCCCGGAGUUGAAAUGGGACCUGUUUCACAAACGAUGCGAGGCAGAUUUGAGCAGUGGCAACAGCCGCAAGAUUCUUGUGGGCCAGCCUCAAGGGGACUAUGUGAUUGUCGGCGAGGCCACCAGUCCUGCUUUUCAUUUGCACAAGGGCGAGAAUGAGAUCCAGGUGAGAGUUGACAUGAAGGAGGGCGGCGAGGUGUUGAAGGAGUGCCAAGAGGAUGAGGAGAAGAACAAGCAGGCCCAUCGGGUUGGAGUGCUCGGUAGACUUAGCAGACUCUUGUCUGGAUCUGUCUCUGACCCCAAAUUCGCCCAAUCCAGCCUUGGCGAACUUGACUCCGACGAUGGCCUCAAACAACGACUUUCCACUCUGGAUAAAAUUAUGACGGCUUUCAUCAAUGGAAACUCGUCGCUGUACAGUACCCACCUAUCUCCCCAGCAGCCCCGUCUUCCCGGACCUCUCACAGACACUCUUUCUCAUUUCUGGGCGCUUCUAGACUCUCCUGGUCUUGACAGACAAGAGUCUCUACUGCGAAACAUUUCGUUUACACAUGUUUCCAUUGCUUCUCUAUCUUCUGGAGCUGUGUUCAUUGAUGCAGAUGUGGAGACGACCAUUCUGUUGCCUUCCAAUGUCCAGAUCCAGACCGAGAUGCUGCCAUUUGAAGUACGAGGCGUGAAUGACCUCUACUAUGAGGGCCAGCUCUUUGCUCGAGCCCACAUCCAACAAUGGCAUGACUGCGAGUCGUUCCAGGGCCUCGAGGGCUCCCAGACCGUGUACAAUGUCAAGGUGCAGGCCAAGAACGUUCCCGUGGAGGUGAUUGACAGCAGCAUCUUCCGAAAGGUGGCCAGCAAGUUGUUGUGGGCGGGCUCUGUGCCAAUCCUGUUCAAUGCUACCGUGGAUGCGCUGGUGGAGACAACUGUGGGCAAUUUGACCCUGGAGGGGAUGAAUAUUUUGAAGGAGACGGAACUCAACAAGUAG